UGAUUGGUAAAGGUGCUCUGAGGGCGGAGCUAUCUGUCUAGAUCCCGGAAGACGAGCAAGACAGACAAAACAAGAGAGGAGUGCUGCAAGGGUGCAAAGUUACAAUAACGAGGAAGCCCGAUGGCUACAGAGGGAGAACCCACAGACCUGGUGAAAAUCACCCAUCUGCUGAUCCUGGCUGGCUCGUGGGGCAUGCAGCUCUGGGUCACGUUUGUAUCAGGUUUCGUGCUGGCGGCUGGGGUCUCUCGUCACACCUUCGGCUUGGUCCAGAGCAAGCUGUUCCCCUUCUAUUUCUACGGCGUGCUCGUCUCCUCCUUCCUGAACCUGGCGGUCUACGCAGCGUACCACCCCCGGGAGCUGCUCGACACACACGAGGCUGUGCAGGUGAGGGAUGAGCUGCUCCACAGACACACACGAGGCUGUGCAGAUGGCUCUGUUUUUCUCCUGCGUGCUGUUAGCAGGCCUCAACGCCCAGUGGUUCAGCCCCUCGGUGACGGAGGCGAUGUUCCUCAUGCAGGAGGUGGAGAGGGAGCACGGACUGGGAGGGGAGGUGGGCGUGCGCACCAGCAAGGAAGCCUACAGCAAGCUCCGAGAGCAGGACCCCAAAUACAAGAGCCUGCGAGGGACCUUCUACAGAUACCACGGGCUCUCCUCUCUGUGCAACCUGCUGUGUGUCGUCUGCACCGGAGCCAGCCUGGUCUACACUGCUCUCAACCUCCGCACUGUGUGAGGCAGGGCUGGGAGCCACACGGGGGCUCCGGAAAGCAUCGCAGACCAGCCCUCGCCAGCGUGCGGCUGUGCUGCAACUAAAGCUUUCUGAAGUCACCUGCAGCAGGAGGGAAGCUAGAAGGUUUUUAAUAUUAUUUUUUCUGUUCAGGACAAGACUAAAUAUUUUCCAUGGAAGUUGUUUAAACUGAGCUGGCGUUUAGCAGUAUCGGACGCGAUAAAAAGAUUCAAAGGCGAUAUUGUUUAAAGAUGAGGCUCGCAUUAAAACGUGGAUAGGUAGUGUUUGAUACCAGGGUUGGGGUCAAUCGCUUCUUUUCAAUUCCAGUUCAGUUUUGAAGGACGCGGGAUUGAUUUAAAAAUGGAACAGGAAUUGGAAAUGGGUGUGGAACUGACCUCCACCCUGCGCGGUACACGUGUGUGACGGGGCCGAGGCUAACAGCCUGAACCACACCGCAAAAGAGAACACCUGCAUUCCUGCCUGUAGAGCUUUUAACCUCAUCUCACCGGCAAGGGGUAUCGCCUGUAAUGACAGCACUGCCCGAUACACCAAUCAGGAAAUAAGAAAUAACAAUAAAUUGCUCUUGCAUAGCAUUCCAUACACAUGGGGGGCAAAAUAGAAUCAAUUCUGCAGCUAUAACCACUUCCCUUACAGGCGGAACAGCAGCUGUAGUUAAUCUAACGCAGACUGCCUCUGCCAUUUGUUUUCUUUGAUUUGUACUACAAUGAUGAUGAAAACUAGGGUUAGGACAGGUUACAGCAAACCCACAUGAGCACGGGUGCCUCAAAAUGUUCUCCAGAGAAUGACCAUUGGUUACAAUCCUCUAACCCCUUACUAAAUAUCUCUGUGCCAAGUGAUUUAUUCAGGUGUUUUUUUUUGUAUAUAGGCAGGCAUGCCACAAGUUUAGUGGCACCCAUACCUCCCAAUGCAGAUAGUCUAUUACCUCCCAAUUAAUCUGUUGCCUCCCAAUGCAGAGUGAGGGGGUGUGAUAUGUGCUGUUCAGUAAAAUGGAUGUAAAGGUCACUGACGGGAAUCACAGUGAUUUCUGAAUGCUUCUCUCAGUACCACGGCUAGAAGCUGUAUUCUUCAGCUGCAAGUAACAUUCAGGGAUGGUACAAAGACUGCCAUUCCGAAGCAGUUUGAGACAGUGCAGGUUUUACUGUCCGCUGAAUUGGAGGCUAAAUCUGCAACCUCGUGGUUAAAUCCAGCUUUGAACCUGGAUCAAGCUGCCAUGCAAUGGGAGUCCUGUUUAAUCCAUGUGUGUGAUGUUUAUUAGUAUAAUACAAAUCACUUAUCACGCACCCUGGCAGUCCAAAAACUGCACACACAAACUGGGCAGUCAACAAGGUAUUUAAAAUAUCAAUUCACUCUAGGCUAAAAUAUUGAAAAAAUGUAGUUGGCAUGCAAUCAUAUUUUAAGUUCAAGUUGACUAACACUUGUUUUAAAAGCAUAAUUACGUUCUAUUAAAUAAGUUAUCACAAAGCAGUGUUUUGUUUUAUUUUUUACAUUGUAAGCAUUGCUGUAUAUUCUUGUGUGCCUGAAUUACUAACCUGAUUUUUUUUUUUUUUUUUAAUUCAUAUAUUCUGAUGCAGUAUUUUUUGUGUGUGAUCGAAUAUAUCAGUUUAACAGUGUGAUAUACUGGUAAUUGUUUUUUUAAUGGGUGUGCAUUAAAUUGUGUGCAUUAAACAUAAAUUUAAUAACGUG